GGGAAUCGCCGCGUCCCUCACUGCCGUAAAGGUUUGAACUGUCGCCUAGCAGCAGCAGUGGCUUCUACCGGUUCCCCCGUCUCCAGGCCGGGCCCGGGCCAGAAGGGUGAACCCAACAACCACACACCAAGAUGGCGCCUAAUCUGGAUUGGGAUAAAUUAAUGAAAGUUGAUCCAGACUCUUUGCCAAGUCGAGAGAAACUGGCAGAUAAGUUGUUGGAUUUGAUAUCCAAGGUUGAAGGAAAUGAAUUGACAGCAGAGAACCCAGAGAAGCUGAUUCAGCUUUUCUGCAUCACUCAGUCCUUAAUGAAGAUGAAAGCACAGGAAGUUGAGUUGGCUCUGGAAGAAGUUGAAAAAGCUGGGGAGGAACAAGCUAAAACAGAGAAUCAGCUCAAAGCAAAGGUUCUUAAGCUGGAAAAUGAACUGGAGGUGGCCCAAGUGACUGCCGGUGGGCGUGAUACCCGAUUCUUACGAGAAGAGCUUCAUCAGCUGGAGACCCAGCUACAGUUCAAGGACCGGGAAGUUUCUGAAAUGGAGAAAGAGCUAAACAAGGAAAAGAAACUCGUUGAGCAAGUUGGAAUUCGAAUCAAGGAGACAGAAAACGAAAACAACAAACUAAGAAGAGAGAAUGAUCAACUACGCCAAGAUGUUAUUGACUAUCAGAAGCAAAUCGAUUCUCAGCGGGAGACUCUUCUUAAUAGAAGAGGAGAUGAUUCAGACUAUAGAAAUCAGCUGUCCAAAAAGAACAAAGAACUUGCACAAUAUUUGGAUGAAAUUCAGAAUUUGUCUGAAGCCAAUGAAACACUGGAGACACAGAACAAACAGUUGCAGGAAAACCUGGAAGAGUCCGUGCAAGAGAUGGAGAAGAUGACCGAUGAAUAUAACAAAAUGAAACUGAUUGUUCAGCAAACUGAUAGUGCUAUGGACCAGUUCAAGCGGGAAAAGGAGCAGCUGUUGCUUCAGGUGCAAGAUCUAACUAACCAGCUGCAAGUCAUGACUGAAGAAGAAGAUCCUGUGAUGUUAGCAGUAAAUGCAAAAAUCGAGGAAUGGAAGAAAGUAUUGACUGCCAAGGAGAAGGAAAUCAGCGAAUAUCAAGAGAAAUUGCAAGAACUCCAAACUAAGCUAGUAAUUGCUGAGUUUGACGCUGAUAAGAGCAACGUCAUUACCCUCCAACAGGUUCUGCAAGUACGUGACAAUCAAGUUAAGGUUCUGGUGGAACAAAUAGAACAAUACACCAAGGAGGCGGAUAGUAAUGCACAAAUUAUCGAAGACUUGAAAACGCAGCUAGAGAAAGAAUCAAAUUUUCCAGCACUUAAUCAGCAAUCCAAAAUCGUUGCACUCCAGCAAAAGCUGAGGGCAGCAGAGCAGACAGCAUCUGAAGCUAAGCGAAUGGCUGAGCUUGCAGAGAAAGAUGCCAGGGAAAAAGACAAGGAACUGGGGGAAUCGCUGAUCCACCUGAGGACCUAUGAAUCUGGUAUAUAUGGAUUGGAAAAUGCUGUUGCAGAAAUUAAGGAAUGCAAGAACCAUAUCAAAAUCCGAGAUCAUCAAAUUGAAGCAAUGACUAGGGAGAUCAACAAGCUUGAAAUGAAGAUAAAUGAUGUCUUGGAUGAAAACGAAAAUUUCCGGGAACGCUUAGGGCUCAACACAAACGAAGUAAUUGAUCUGACUGAAUUUAGGAAAACCAAAUAUUUGAAACAACAGCAGUUUCAAGCUGAGAACCAGGUUCUGCUAAAAGAGGUUGAACGCCUGGAGGAAGAAAGGCUCCUGUUAAAGAGGCAAAUUCGCAGGAUGGCUCAAGAUAAAGGCAUUCGAGCAGGUGUGGAGGGAAUUUCAGCAGAGGACUUGGGGUUGGUGGAUCAGUUUAAUGAAAGGAUAAAUCCCAUCAAAAGAACAGAACCGUCAAGUACUUCCAACUUUGAGUUAAAGAACAAGAAUCAUCAGAUACGCAAGGAGUUACUGAACAAAGAAGGAGCGUACCAGAAUGCAGAAUUCGAACUGGCCAAGCUCAACAGACAAAUAAUGCAGAAUGAAUAUACUUUGCAAGAACUGGAGGUAAAUGAGAAAGAACUGGAACAAACGAGGACCGAAAUUGCUCAGCUGAAGUCUAAACUAAAAGAACUGAGGGAAGAGAAUAAGCAAUUUGAGAAUGGUAUGAAAGAUAUUUUACAAGCCAUAAAGAAUACACAAGUGGAAACUGAAGCAAUUCAUGGGGACAAAAUCUUGAAGAUAGAAAGUCUGGAGAAACUAGUUACUGCAAUCGAGAUAAAGAAUUCCACAAAUAAAUUUGACAGCAAUGUCCACUUGAAAGCUCAGGUGGACCAACUGACGGGGAGAAAUGAGGAACUUCGACAGGAGCUUAAAGUGGCUCGAAAAGAGGCUGGCAUUGCUGGCAAUCAGCUGGCAAAAGCUACUGAAAGGAUUACAAACCUUGAAAGUGAAUUAACUCUCUUACGUCAGUCUGGAGGAUGCAGUGUUUUGUUCCAACCUCUCGCCCUGCCAGAAGGAAUUGUGCCCUCUAGUAUUGAUGUCAUCAAUACUCUUAAUGAAUAUUUGGUGCAGCUGUUACAGGAAAUCUCAAAUAAAGAGAAAGAAGGAAAAAAACUACAAGAGGCAGCUGAAGAUCACAAACGCAAAUUUGCAGUAAUUCGCCAUCAGCAAGGAUUGCUGUAUAAGGAAUAUCAAAGUGAAAGGGAAUCCUGGCAGAAAGGUAUUCAAAAAAUUGAAGAAGAAAAGAAAAAGCUUGAGGAUUUAAAGGAACAAGAUCAAGUAAAAAUUGAGGAAUACAAUCAACUACUGGAAACACUUCAGCUGGAUCCCGAUGAAAUCAAGAAAAAGCUUGCAGGGAUUACUAGCAAAUUAACUGUGCUGCGGGUUAAUGAAAGUUCCUUAACGAGGCGCUACACAACUCUGCUAGAAAUGGAACAGCACCUAAGGAAAGAAAAUAACAAACUCAAGAAUGAAAUUAUAGCCAUGGAGACAGCUGUUGGUGAAAGAAUUGGAUACCUGCAGAGAUUCAAGGACAUGGCUAGUUUUAAAAUUGCUGCAUUGCAGAAAGCGUUGGACGAAAGUGUACCUACAUCAGAUCUGGAACGAGCUAACAAGCAGUAUAAUGAACUCACAGCUAAGUAUAGGGAUCUGCUGCAGAAGGACAACCUGUUAGUCCAGAAAACCACGAACCUAGAACAUUUAGAGGGUGAAAAUACAGUAUUACAUGAGCAGAUUAAUGCUUUAAACAAGGAGCUGGAAAUUACAAAGGAAAAGCUGCACACAUUGGAGCAAGCCUGGGAACAAAUGGAUAAACUAGGAGGUCCCACUGCCAUGGAUAAAGAAACUAAAGCAAUUACCAAUAGUGAAAUUGUCUCUAUCUCCAAGAAGAUCACUAUGCUUGAAAUGAAGGAACUAAACGAACGGCAAAGAGCAGAACAUGCUCAGAAGAUGUACGAACAUGUGCGAAACACAUUAAAACAACUGGAAGAACGGAACUCUGAACUUGAAACAAAAUUCUCCGAAGUAACCAAAAUAAACCUGGAGGCCCAGAAAGUUGAGCAAAACCUGAGAGACGAGUUGGCAAACAGUGUAAGCCAAGCAGUGAGUGAUGCAGACAGGAGCCGCAUCACAGAGCUGGAGAAAUCGGAAUCUGAAUUAAAAAUUGAAGUGUCCAAGUUAAGAGAUGUUGCGGAUGUAGCGAAAAUGCAGGUUUCAGCCUUGGAAGCUCGCCAGCAAUCUCGGGAGAAAGAGGUGGAGGCCCUUAGGAAGCAAGUGCUGGAUUACCAGGCACAGUCAGACGAGAGAGCUCUCAUUGCAACACUGCAUCAACACAUUGUCGCAUUGCAGGUGAGUGAAACCACUGCUGUUAACAAGCUGGAGGCAUUUGCAAGCAAGCUGCAAAAGAUGGAUGCCUACAACCUGAGGCUGAUGCAGCGACUGGAUGAGAAGGAUCAGGCCCUUUUCUAUGCUCGACUAGAAGGCAGAAACAAGGCCAAGCACCUGCGGCAAACCGUUCAGUCCUUACGCAGACAGUUCAGUGGGGCCUUGCCCCUUUCACAGCAGGAGAAGUUCUCAAAGACUAUGGUGCAGCUGCAGAAUGACAAACUGAAGAUAAUGCAGGAUGUUAAUCUUGCGCAAGAGGAGAGGAGAGUGGCAGAGGACAAGGCAUUGGAACUGCAACUGAAGCUGAAGGGACUAGAGGAAUUAAUAGGAUCAUUAAAGGAUGCAAAAGGAGCACAAAAGGUAAUCGAAUGGCACAAAAAAAUUGAGGAUCUCCGCCUCCAAGAUCUCAAAAUGAAUCGAUGUAUGAACAAGCAAAAGGAAGAAAUAAAAUACUUAAAUAAUAUAAUAACUGAACAGGAACACACCAUCAACAAUCUGGAAGAAGAGACGGUUCAACAAAACAAGGCCCAUGAAGAGCGGCAGAUGGCAUGGGAUCGCAGAGAGUUAGAGUUACAACAUCAGUUGGAUAUGUACGAACAUCAACAUAAUGAAGUACUGAGUGCUGCUCAAAAGUUUGAGGAAGCUACUGGCUCCAUUCCAGACCCCAACAAACCACUUCCAGAGCAGCUAAAUGUGGCUUUGCAAAAGAUCAGAGAGCACAUCUACAUAAUUCUCGAAACUCAAGCAACUUGCAGGACUCUAGAAGAGAAACUUAAAGAAAAGGAAGCAUCUUUGUGGAAGGCAGAGCAGAAUGUGCUGUCCCGAGACCAAGUUAUAAAUGAGCUGAGACUUCGACUACCUGCUACAGCUGAGCGAGAAAAGCUGAUGGUGGAGCUCAGUACUAAAAAAGAGGAUGAUACAGAAAGCCGGAAGGCACUGAAAAUAGCUCAUCAGACUAUCUGUAAUCUGCAGGCCAGGCUAGAUCAGAAGGAGGAAGUCCUACAAAAAUACCAGCGGUUGCUGACGCGAGCUCACCAGGAUCAAGAAGAAAUUGCAAAGAAACAUGAGGAGGAUCUUAAAGUAUUGCACCUGAAAUUGGAUUCAUAUGCAGAUGCAUCACUCAAUAAAUUUAAACAAGCUGCAAUGGAGCUGAUGAAAAAACCGUCCCUUCCGGUUCCAACGUCCAAACACCUGGCACGCCUGGCAGAGCUGGAACAGACCGUUUCAGAGCAGGACAGUUCACUGUCGGCGCUGGUGGACAAACUGAAGAGAGCAACAAAGGAAAUAGAGAAACAGAAAGAUAUUACUCAGCUGAAAAUGAAGGAGCACAACACUGAAAAAGCAAAUCUUGAAGGGAAGCACGCUACUGAGGUAAAGAAGCUCCACGAUGAAGUAGAUGAGCUGAGGUGUACCCAGCUGCAGAUGGAGAAAGAGGUGCAGUGCUUACAAAAUGAGCUGGAGGCUCAGAAACAAGCUAACGCAAGGGCACCCACAACUACCAUGAAGAAUUUAGUGGACAGGUUAAAAGGUCAACUGGCUUUGAAAGAGAAGCAGCAAAAGGCUCUGAGUAAAGCACUGUUGGACCUUCGAGCUGAGAUGACAUCCCAUGCAGAACAGCAAAUUAUAAACCAGGCUGCACAAAAGGAGGGCCACCUCAACGUUCAACAACUUGUUGAUAAGCAAACUAAAGAACUAAGGGCUCAAAUUGAAGAUCUCAAUGACCAACUUGCAGCAACUAAGGACAGCAUGAAAGCAUGUAAGAGCAAGGAAGUUUCCGCAGCAGCUGAAAUAGAGAAUUUAAAUGGAGAACUUCAGAAAAAGCAGCGAGUUCAGAACAAACUGCAAACGGAGAAAGAUGAGCUGGAGAAAGAGAACGAGGAACUAAAGAAAAAAAUUAAGAGGCUGUGCAACAGCAUGCAGACCAAGUCUGAGAUUGACAAUAAACAGACCAUAAUAGAUGAACUGCAGAGAAAGGUUAAAAGAUUGGAGUGUGAAGUAGACAAGAAAGUGGCAACCGAGCAAAUGGAGAGAAAAGUUCUGAAAGAAGACAAGACUUCAAAAGAGGAAAUAGUGAGGUGGGAAGAAGGCAAGAAGUGGCAGACCAGAUUGGAAGGCGUGAAAAACAAGCUAAAAGAAAAGGAGAAGGAGCUGGAAACUAUGACCAAGCAGAUGACCACUCUGAAGGAACUGUAUGCAAAGGUUGACCAGGAAAGGGCAUUUUUACAGAAGAAACUGAAAGCUCGUGGAAUUACAGCGGACCAAGUAAUAGGCGUCAGAACCAUGGAAUGCGACAGAGAGAUUGAAGAUUUAAAGAGAAAGAAUACAGAGCUGCAGGAUCAGAUUGCAAGCAUGAGGCAACAGCAAGCUUUACCACGGGAUUCAGUGGUGGAAGAUUUAACUUUGAAAAAUCGUUAUCUGCAUGAAAAGCUCCAAGCUUUAGAAAAGCAGCUGUCAAAAAGCACAUUUUCCAGACCAUCAACCUCCAGAAUUGGAUCUGACGCUUCAUCUCAAAAGGAGCAAGAACUUCAGAGAGAGAAUCUCAAUCUGUCUGCCGAUAAUGUGGAACUGCGGUUUCAACUGGAGCAGGCUAAUAAGGACUUGCCACGAUUAAAGGAUCAAAUAGCUAAUUUACAGGAAAUGUAUCAACUUCUCAAAAAGGAGAAAGCAGAAUUGGAAAGAAAACUUGGGAACAUCCGAGGGUCUGGGCGCAGUGGAAAGACAGUGCCUGAAUUAGAAAAAACAAUAGGCUUGAUGAAGAAGGUCGUGGAGAGAGUGCAGCGAGAGAACGAGGAGCUGAAGAAGGCUCCAGGAGUGGUAUCCAGUGAGAAACGAACCUGCCUUGAAAAGGAAAAUGAAAAGCUUAAGUCAGAACUCGAGAAAUUGAAGAUGCAGAUGGGUGGGCAGUUGAGCUUACGUUACGAGUCCAAAACAAAAGGUGUGGAAAAGAUCUUGGCUGAAAAUGAACGAUUGCGAAAGGAACUCAAAAAGGAAGGUGACUGUGCUGAGAAACUGCGAAUUGCUAAAAGCAACCUGGAGAUUAUGAAUGAGAAGCUAAGCGUGCAGUUGGAAGAGACCAGUAAACGAUUAAGCUUUGCAGAGAGUAGGGGUCCACAACUUGAGGGUGCAGACAGCAAAAGUUGGAAGUCCAUUGUAGUGACAAGAAUGUAUGAGAGUAAAAUAAAGGAGAUGGAGACAGACAUUACAAAAAAGAAUCAAAACCUCACCGAUCUUAGACAGCUGCUGAGAGAAUCGACUGAUAAUGAGCAAAAAUUGGCAAAACAAAUAGGAGACCUGGAGGAACAGAUUGAGGUCCUUAAGCAUUUCCCUGAAGAAGCUAAAACAGAGCCAGGCCUGACCAGAGAACUCCAGUUACAAAGAUUGACAAAUGAUCGAUUGGAAAAGGAAAAAGCUGAACUUCUCUAUCAACUCCAAGUCUGCAGGAAGCAAACAGCUGCAGUUGCAGAAGGCAGCAGCAGCAUCAGAAAUGCUUGUGAUGAUGUAUUAGACAGAAAAGACAAACCGAUGGGUGAACUAGUGGAAUUGCAAACACAACUCAAGGCAUCAGAUCUGGAGAAACAACAACUGCAGGAAGAAAUAAAAAGGUUGAAAAAGGAACUCAAGAACUUUGACCCUUCCUUUUUUGAAGAGCUUGAGGACUUGAAAUUCAACUACAAUCAGGAAGUUAAACGGAACAUUCUUCUCGAAGAACAACUAAAGAAACUAGCGGAGCAAUUUGGAGUCCAAGUGACUAUUCCAGAAAAUGUUUCCAUUGAUUAAGAUGUGUCACAAAGAUAUUAGUGAACAGCUAUCACCAUUCAAAGUAGUUCAUUGUUACAGUUGUUGAAGUUGAUGUCUCUCAAAACAAAAUCUAUUUAAGUCUUUCAAGUGCAUCCUUAACUGAAAUAAUUUAUAAUACUUCAGCAGAGCCUCUCAGACCUGCUCUAUCAUUCAGUCAGAUCAUGCCUGAUCUGUACACCUCCAUUUACCCACCUUUGCUCCAUAUCCCUUGAUACAGUUACCCAACAAAUAUCUAUUAAUCUCUGUUUUGAAAGCUCCAGUUGUCCCCAGCAGUCACAACCUUUUGGAGGAAGAGUUCCAGAUUUCUACCACCUAACUUUGCUUCACUUAUUUACCAAUCACUGUGAGGCUGUUUUACUUUCUCAGUUUAAGGGCGAUUAAUGUCCAGAAGAGGGGGGAGUGAGGAAGGAGAAGCAAAUACAAAGAUUUUUUUCAUUAAUCCAAAACUCUGUCUCCUUAACAUGGUGGGAGUUUUAAAGUUUGUGUUUUUCACUUUCCCAUGGAGACCAAAUAUUUCAGAUCUUUGACAUUUGUUACUGGUCCAUUUAAAAAGCAAGCUCUGCUGAAAGGAACAGAGAUUAACAUCAUGAAGGAGCAAUGUUGCUUCUCACUUCAGACAGUUCCUCUCAGGGAUUCCCAAGUUUGUCCAUUAGUAUGAUUCCCAUAACUGACUUCAACAAAGCAAAUCCCAGCUGAGUGGUGAAUCCCCUCUUGGUAGUCAUGGUCCAACCCAUUUACCUCAACAGUAUCGUCAGGAAGAAGGGAACAACGCAUUUUUAUUUGAAAUCGACCACAGAUUCUUCCCACCUUUCUAACUGAAGGACAAAGUUUGAGAGUGACAACCUAGUGUCAACGCAGUAACUUUGUUAGUGAGACUGCUGGAGAAAAAGUUAGGGUCCGUAAUGGAGGUGGAAGUUUACAGGCUGAUCCAUAUAACUGUUUUCUAAGGAAUAAUGCUACAUCCUGUCACAUGUCUGACAGUCACAUCUUUCUUGUACCGUCUUGUGGAAGUACAAGUUGAUUGGCACACCUUCUCUCCCCCGCCACCAGCCCGCACCCCCCCCCCCCACCAAACAAUUCUUUGUUUCAGGUGCCCACAACCCAUUUGCACGUUAUGCUGAUUGUGCACGUAAUGACACAUUUGCCCUCAAAUAUACUGACACAUAAACAGAGACACGCGCACGCACAAACAUACAGGAACAGGGACUGAUGAUACAUUUAAAGAUUGAAGAGUUGCUCUGCAAAUUCUCACUCAGUACUGGAAUAGCUGUUUAUUGGUCAUUACUUUUAGCUGAGGACAGCAUCCAGAAUAUUUUAUGUAAACAAAGAUUCUAAUCACCUAUUUUUCAAAAUAUUACUAAGUGGUCACAUUGAAGAAAAAUGAAAAGUAUUUUCAUAGAGUUUAUUUAUACGUAUUAGAUCAUUUCUUGUACUGUGAAGAUUUCAAUAGUAGAAGGUUUUGUUAUUUAUUACAUGUCAUUUACAAUUGAAAAUAGGUCAUAGAGGGAGUUUAGCUCUAUCUAAUUUGGGGAGUGUUUGAUGCUGACAUUUGAAAGAAUGUUUUCCAUUUCCUAACACAAACAUUUCUCAUUUUUAUUAAAAAGAGUAAUAUUAAAAUUUUAUUGAGGUAAUACACUGUAAUAUCUGGUCUGGAAGUUGAAUCUUUGUGGAUGGUUUUAUACAUGGAACAGAAUGCAAUGUGUACAUACUUUUGAAACCAAAUGAACAAAACCAUUAUUUAUUUACGGUGUCAUUUAGAUAAACUGAUGGGACCGAAGGAAUAGCAAUUUGGUUGGGAUACUCAUUCGCCAAGUUAUGAUAUAAAAUGGGUGAAUACCAUCACCUGCUUUUCCCUGUUUAGCUCCUAUUUGCAAACAUCCCCAAGUUAAAACCCCUCUGAUUCACAAUGAGCAUCACCAGCCAGAGUCUUUCCUCCUGACUAUGAAAAGUAUGUUUAUACUCUUGAUACCAAUCUUAACUCUCUACCUAUAGGUGAGUGUUGCUUACCAGCAGAUGUCAAGAACACUGUAAGGGGCUCUUUACUCAUUGACAACAGAACUGCCCUGCACAUUAACUUUCACCAGUACCAGAUUAGGAAGAAGGAAUCACCCUGUUGCUAAUGUAACUUUUAAAAUAGAGUUCAAAUAAUUCCACUUUGACAAGCUUUGAAAAUCCAACUUGGAAAAAGGCCAGGAAAAAUGGUUCUACAGUAUUCUAUAAUUGAGUAUAAUUAUGGGAGCAAUGUUUCUUCAACAUCCCUGCUUGUAAUCCUGCAAAAACUUAACUCCUGUACCUUCAA